UCGCGGCAGGCAUGUACGGUGCGUGCAGGUGAAACUACGCUCCGUCUCACGACUCCUCACGGCACACGCAGUUAUUGCCAGCGCGCAGCCACGAUUUCUGCUUCCUUCUCCCUAUCUUAUCCCUGUUCUCUCGUUUCUUGUUCUUCGCUUCCUUGGCACAGUUCUCUGCACGAUAUUUACCCCUGUUUGCCUAAGUUUCGUGAGAAGAUAGGGACGACAGGUUGUUUUCCGAGAUUCUGUCUGGUGUGUGUGACAGUUCUUCCCUGUGACAAACGUUUCGCUGAAGGAUCGACAGGACCAAGGAGGGAAACACGAGGGAUAUUUAAUGAAUUCGUCGGUGAAGUACAGAGGCGAAGACGUAAAGUCUGGGGAGUCUGGUCCUGCAGAUUUCGAAAAGGCAAUAAUUAAUUCUGGUUAUGGAAAGUUUAACUACCUGUUACUGUUGGCCGUGCUGCCAGCCAGUUUCUCCAGCAUCUUCUCGUCGUCAGCCAUGUCCUACGUGCUACCGUCAGCCGAGUGCGACCUGGGCCUCACCAUGUUCGACAAGGGUCUACUCAACUCGAUGACGUUCGCAGGUAUGAUCAGCACCUCGUUUUUCUGGGGUUUCAUGACCGACACGUUUGGUCGUAAGAAGAUUAUGUCCUACGGUUACAUGUUCACUGGAAUCAUGAGUCUGGCCGCAUGUUUCUCGCACACCUCGUGGCUUUUAAUUUUGUUCAAGUUUCUCGAUGGUGUGAUCAUAUCUGGUCCAUACGCGGCGCUGAUGUCCUAUCUGGCGGAAGUGCAUAACGAGACGCAUCGAUCUCGAACCUAUAUGUGGCUAGGUGUAUUCUUCUCACUUGGAAAUAUUUCUUUACCAUGCAUCGCGUGGCUAAUCAUACCCCAGAAAUGGACCAUCAACCUUAUAAGCGGGACCAUGGAGAUCAACUCGUGGCGUGUGUUCUUAGCGAUCUGUUCGUUGCCAGAGUUUCUUGCCUGUAUAGCGAUGUUCUCGUUCCCCGAAAGUCCGCGAUUUCUCCUGUUAAAAGGCAGAAGGGAAGAGGCUCUCGAGGUUUUCAAGAAGAUAUACUCUGUGAACACUGGCAAGGAUCCAGACACGUAUCCGAUAAAGGAUCUCGAGGAAGAAUAUUCCGUUGAAUCAGCAAGCGACAGCAUAAAGGACAAAUUGCGCUCCUGCUGGCAGCAAAUCAAACCACUUUUUCUGUCGCCUAACAUAUUCAAACUUAUCGCCAUUGGUAUGAUCCAACUGGGAGCCACGAUAGGGUCGAAUUCGAUUAGACUAUGGAUGCCUCAAUUGUUCACUAUGAUGGAACAUUUCAAGAAUGAUUACACAAAAACCGAAUAUUCGAGCUCGCAGCCACGCUUCUGUUACAUGUUAGGUCAACGACAAGCAAAUCAUAGUUCCUCAAUAAGUUUUGUAAAUGAAACUAUAAAUGCUACUCACACAUGCAUACCGGCAGAAUUAAAUUCAAAAGUAUUUAUUAAUUCAAUUGUGAUUGCAACUACCGGUGUUGUAGGAUAUACAGUUGCAGGGACACUAAUUACUGUAGUAGGAAAAAAAAAGCUAAUAGCUACUUGCUUUAUGGUUGCAGCUGCUUGUUGUGCCUCACUUUACUGGGCUGAAAGUGCCAACAGUAUUCUUGGGUUAUGUUCUGUUUUCGUAGCUAUGUCGAGUAUAGGUGGUGCCUGCGUUGUAAACGUUAUUGUCGAUAAUUUUCCUACUUGUUUAAGAACCAUGGCGGUUAGUCUGACUAUGAUGGUUGGCAGAAUUGGAGCUGUCAUAGGGAAUCUAUUGUUCCCAGUUUUAUUCAAUUUGUCCUGCUUGGGACCCUUCGUUAUGAUUGGUUCCGCUUCUUUAGUAUCAGCGUUAUUAGUGACCAUUCUUCCCCAAAAACAGUCGCAAGACGAAAAGAAAAAGCAACUUGCCUGACGACAAUGUGUACAGAUAAAAUGUAAUCAGCUGACUAUAGCUGAGAAGAUGGCUUGUAAAUAUAUAUCUUGUCCCUGGUCUGUCGAUUGUGUAAUUUCGGUGCAUGAUUUUUCAUCAUGUAAAUAUGUAAAU